GUUUUGAACGCCGCCCGGUUCGGACGCUUAUCGGAUUAUCGGUCUAGCAGGUGAGGUGAGCUUCCUUCGGUAGGCGCGUGGCGUGGUCAAGCAAAAUUUCACGGCCACCAACACAGUGACGGAAGGGCUUUCGCAACAGCCUACAAGACCCUUCGGGAAAAGGCGGAAGCGUCCUCGCUGUGACCGGUACCUACCAUCUAUACCAUAUGAUUCGAUGAGCACGUGUUUGUGAAAAGUUAGUGAAUGGCUCUGGGCUAAGGCGUGAAUCCUGUUCGUGUUGGUGUUGAAAUGGGGCAUAUUUUCUUGUGGCCUGGCGAAAGCGUUUCUGCUAACUAAAUAGUGCGAAGGUUAAGCAAGUGAAAGUGUUGGAUUUUUGGGAGGAACCGUGAAAAUUUUCAAGUGCUUUUCGUAAGUCGAUAAUAUGGGUGCUGUGGUUGAUAGAUGAUAGAUUAGGUUGCUCGAAGUGGAAAUUUUAGGAAGACAAGAAAAGAAGUUGCAUGUAAAAAUAGCAAUCGUAUGACUACCGGACCAACCGUUCAGCUCUCUAAGAAAAAAAAAACAUCUACAAGUCCGCGGAUUGACACCGAAUCUGCUGACCCGCAGUAAGUUGGACUCACUUUUGAGGACCUCUUGAAGAUGAACAAGAAGCUGGAUGAGCAGCAUCUCUGAUAUUCGGGUUACUUGGGCAUAGUCAACAUGGAAUAAACUUGCCUAACACAUCGAAUAAAUGAUUAGUCAAUUCGUUACCAGCUUCUCAUGCACCAUAGUUAAUAGUCAAUCUUCCAUUGUUGUAAAACUGGAUAGUAAGUUUGAUAGAAUCGACCUAAUACUAUUUCACGCGAAUUGAACCAAAAGAUAACAAAACCCCCAGCACAAAAAUGUCGAGCACCGGAAGCACUCCCAUCAACAGCCCGCGGAAAGUCUUCGGGAAAACCGCCACCCUUGACAAGAAUGCUAUGCUCGAAUAUGAAAUGAAUAAAAAUCUAGAUUGCAAUUUUCGUGAGAAGGCGGAAAAGGAACUGGGCGAAAUGGGAGGCGAGCUAACUUACACCAAGAUACGGCAGCUGCGUCAACAGUUGAACAUCUACGCCGAACACCACCAGCGCGGCCUGGGAGGGCGCCGCGAUGAUUCGUUCCUGUUGCGGUUUUUGCGCGCGAAGAAAUUCGAUGUGGAAAAGGCGUUCAAGAUGAUGCAAAAAUACUACAAAAUGAAAGACGAGUACCCGGAAAUAUUCAAAGUAUCUCCACCGUCGGAAAUGAAGUUUAUGCUCGAGAUGCAGAUCCAAUGUAUGCUUCCAAAGAAGGACGAUAGCGGGCGGCAAAUUUAUAUAUUUAGAGUUGAAAAAUGUGAUCCAUACAAAAUUCCAGUAGACUACGUAUUCCGAAGCAAUGUGCUCGCCCUGGAGGAUGCAGUGCGGAAUCCGGAAACACAAAUUGGCGGUCUGGUGGUGUUGCUGGAUAUGGCCGGUUUGGGGUUUGCUCAUGCUAGGUACUUAUCACCACAUUUGGCUCGGAAGACUGUAGAGGUGGUACAGGAAGCUUUCCCGAUGCGAUUUAAAGCGUUCCACGUGUUGCACGAACCGUUCUAUUUUGAUGCGAUCCUUGCGGUGCUGAAGCCGUUCCUGAAGGAUAAAAUUCGGCGAAGGAUACACCUCCACGGCAACAAUAUAAAUUCGUUGCACAAAUACGUAUCGAAGGACGUCCUUCCGGUGGAGUACGGCGGCAAUCAGCCGGCAUUCGACAACACAGAAUGGCGCACCACCAUCCUGGACAACGAGCAGUACUUUAUCGAUUUGGAAUCGUACAACACGGACAGUGGUUAUCAGGAGGACAAUGCCGAUGCCGAAAGUAUCGAGAGUUUGCAAUUUGGUGAUACGGAAACCGAGGACAGUGAGUUUGAUGAGGACGAUAGAAGGGUGUUGAGUCCGAGAAGAACUCCCCGGUCGUUGGUGAAUAUUGAGGAGAUUUUCCUGAAGAACGAAAUGAACGGGUUGGUUAUUGAUGGGCGAGAGGAAAAAGGAACCGAGAAGGAGGUGGAAGAUGUGAAAUAAAGCUUGUGUGAUAUAGAUGUUAAUUUUAUUUUUUUAUUUAAAUGCGUUUAGUUUACAGAAGUUUGAAUCAAAACAUAUCUUAGUUAUAACCAGUUAUGUUUUUGUUUUCAUUUUGUCUUGUCUUUUCUAAACAAAUCGUGUCCUCAACGGUAUCUCCAGGUAUUAUUAUGAAAAUACCACUGUCUUUGUGUAUUCCUUGUAGAAUAGAUUUUUUUAAGUAUUUUUUUUUAAGAUAUGCGUUUAGUAAUCGUUCUUGCUUCCUUAAGAUUCUGUUAACUUAUAUCGCGAGUUUUUCAAGAAUCCGGCCAACAAUUUGAAUAAGAACGUCUCCAAUUACCUUUGGAAGGAAUUCCCCAAGAAAUUCCUUCAGCGAUUUUCCCAGGUAUUUUUCAUGAGUUUCACCUAAAAUUACUGCAAUGCUUUUCGUUGAGAGGUUUUCAGAUACUAUCCGAGGAAUGUUUUCCGGAAUACUUUGUGGGCUGUUAUGGCGACAUGAAUAUUUUUGUGUGAUUUGUACUUGUAAAGGGGUUAAUUGUUCUCAUCUUCAAUUUGAUUGCGAUUAAUCAAUUUGAAUUGAAAAACAUCUUCAGUAAUUUCUCAACGUAUUCGUUAGAAAGCGUUCUUGACUCCUUUGAGAUUCUGUUUACUUUUCUUAAUAUUUUUUCAAGAAUCUAGCCAAAAAUUUACUAAGAACAAUACCACUACUUUUGGAAGGCAUUCUCCAAGAAAUUUAUUCAGUGAUUUUUUCCAGGUUUUGUUCUUGUAUUCCACUAAAAAUUACUGCCCUAAGUAGUUUCAGACAUUCACCUAGGAUGUUUUCCCGGAGUACUUUCAGGGCUUGCUCAUAAAAUUGCAUUUUUUUUAGGAAUACCCCCUGAAUAUUUUUUCUAAAAUUAUUAUAAGGAGUUGUUCAGACACAUACAAAUUCCUGCAACGAUUGCUACAAGAGACAAUUAUCUAAAAUUUCAUUGGAUAUAUUUUCAUGCACCUUAUAUUGUGAUUCUCCUUCAACUUCUCCUAAGGAAUUAUUGAGAAUCUCAUGAAUAAGUUUUAAAAAUAUUGUCCAUCAUUUCAAACGGAAGUACCUCUUCAGGUAUUCCUUCAGAUGUUAUACUUUGUUGAUUCCCAUAAAU